AUGUUUUUACAUUUAUUUAAAAAAUGUGGAGACAACAUUGAUGAUAGCAAUGAAACUUCAUUAAUAAGUGAUUCAAUUCUCUUAAUUAUUGGAUUAUUGGUAUUCAAUGAAUUGCUGCUCCAAACCAUUGCCACUAAAAAACUAAAAUAUCCCUACUUAAAAUAUAUCAAUGACACUAUUAUAACUACAUCCAUUGGAUUAAUAACAGGAUAUAUUUUAACUUUUUCUAAAUCAGGAAAGGAUAUAACAAUGACCAUGAAAAUGGGGUUUAGUUAAUUAUUCUUAAUAAUAUUGCUACCGCCUAUCUUGUUUGAAAGUGCUAUUCACAUGGAUUCGGUAACUUUCUUUGAACAUUUUGGUACCAUCAAUAUUUAUGCAAUUUUGGGCACAAUAAUAUCAAUGAUAAUAACCUCAUUCUUUAUCUUUAUAUGUGGUUAAUUAGGUUUAGCAAAGGAACUGCAAUUAUCUAAAUGCUUUGCAUUCGGAGCAAUAAUAUCUUCAACGGAUCCAGUUGCUGUUCUAAGUGCUUUCAAAAAUAUGAAAUAAUCAAAAAUGCUCUACACUUUUAUUUUCGGAGAAAGCAUUCUUAAUGAUGCUGUUUCUUUAACAUUAUUUAAUGCAGUUAAUGAAAUAAUCAAUUAAGAAACAAGUGAUUUAUUGAAAGUAAUUAGUUAAUUUCUAUUAAUAUUCUUUCUUUCAAUAGCUAUAGGUUAUGCCAUGGGAAUAAUAAGUGCUUUUGUAAUAAGGUUUAAAAAUCAAGCCAUUGCUAAUUUUGAGGCAUCUUUGCUCUUAUUAUUACCUUGGAUUACUUACCUUAUAUCAGAAGCAUUAGAAAUGUCAGGAAUUGUUAGUAUUAUGUUUUGUGGUAUUUCAAUGGCUAGAUACACAAUUCCCAAUACAAAUGAAUUGUCUAAGAAAGAAUUCACUAAAUUCUAUGAAAUUAUAGCUCACAUCUUUGAAAAUUCAGUGUUCAUCUUUAUUGGAAUAGGAGUCAUUGGUUUUAAUUUGCCAUAUUAAGAAACUGGGGUUGGAAUCAUUAUAUCUACUUUUAUAGCUAUAAAUCUUUCAAGAUACUUCUUUGUUUAUUUAAUUACCAAAUUUGCAAAUCAAUUUCGCAGUAUCCAUAUAAUUAAUGAAUACUAAAUGAAUAUGCUAUGGUUCAGUGGAUUAAGAGGAGCAAUGGCAUAUGCUCUUUCAAUAUAAACGAUUAUACUCUAUGGUCCAAUAGGUGAAGUGCUCUUAACUAUCUCUAUAGCGAUCAUAAUGAUUAAUAUCUAUGUUUAAGGAGUGAUGUUAGAUCCAAUACUCGCCAAAUAUAGUCAGAAUCUUAUAGAGAAUUACGAGGAUGAGGAACAAGAAAAGUCAAAAAAUAUCUUCAAAUAAAUCAAGGAAGGAAUCAGCUAAAUUGAUAAUCUAUUUAUUCAGAUCUGUCUUUCUGAAAAUAACGAUGAGGAAGUACCUUUAUGUAUAAAUAUAUGUUUCUAAAAUAGAAAAUGGAGUUUAAGGAGUUGA